UCGAGCCCGACUCAAUAUAAACAUAUCAACAUAUCCUAUUCUCUCAACCUCCCCGUCUUUGCUUACUUUCUUCUUCUUCUUUUUUUUUAUAUAAAUUAUCUAUACUCACGCCACUUCCUCCACCUUUUCUACGCCGUCAGUCGACUCGUCCGGCACGACCCACGUGCUGUCAUUCAUCAUUAACCUACUAUACCCCCGUAUUUUAUCCGUCGUCGUGCAUAUCGAUCUCGAACACAUGUCUUUCCUCAGCGGGCCUGAGUGCUCGACAGCAGGCAAUCCCUUAACACAAUUUACAAAGCAUGUUCAGGAUGAUAAAUCGCUACAACGAGAUAGACUCGUUGGGCGGGGUCCUGGCGGCCUACAGGAGGGCAUGCGCUCGAGGGGGAUGAUGGGAGGCCAGGACAAGAUGAUGGAUGAGUUCCUCCAACAAGGUGACCAGAUGCCACAAGGCCCGGCGCAACCAUUCGCCAUGGAGCAAAUGCGACGUGAACUAGAAAAUUUCCAAACUGCGCCACCAAGAACGGGCUCACCCGCCUGGGCCGCGGAGUUCGACCAUGGUGAACAGGCAAGGAUGGAAGCUGCCUUUAAACCAGGGAUGGGAAGAGCGUUCCCUGGGGGUCCCGAGUUCAAUUCAGCAGAGUUUGCCCUCUUCCGGCAGCAAAACCGGAAUGGUAUGCAGGGAACGUCGGCCCCGGCUACUUCGUCCGCGCCGAUGAUGAGCUCAUAUCAACCGCAAAUGAUGAGAUUUGGCGGUAUGAACUCUGGACACAUGGGUAUGAUGGGCCAGCCAUACGGCAUGGGAAUGCAACAUCAUCACCCACCACAGCAAUCAGCACAGGAAGAUAAAGGGAAAGGAAGGAUGGUAGAGCUAGACGAUGAAAACUGGGAAGCACAAUUUGCAGAGAUUGCUGCGUCGGGACAGAAGGAUGAGGAUGCAGAAGCAAAUGCGGCGAUAGAGGCCGAGCUAAAUGAGGUCGAUAGACAACUGGUCGACGAAGACCUAAAUUUCGAUAAUAUGAACCUGGGCGAUUUCAGUGAAUGGGAUCACUUUGAUAGUACUCUGAACACUCAUUCUAGAGACCCCAAUAUGGGCGACUACCUUUUCGAAGAGGAGAAUGCUUUCAAAUCAGUCAAUAACCCCUUCGAAGAAGGCGUGCGUAUCAUGAGAGAAGGCGGUAACCUUUCUCUCGCUGCUCUCGCGUUCGAAGCUGCGGUGCAGAAGGAUCCCAAACACGUCGAAGCAUGGACGAUGCUAGGAUCUGCUCAGGCUCAGAAUGAAAAGGAAAGCCCCGCCAUCCGCGCAUUAGAACAAGCCUUGAAACUCGAUCCCAAUAACCUCGAUGCUCUCAUGGGCCUUGCCGUAUCGUAUACGAACGAAGGCUACGACUCGACUGCUUACCGCACCCUCGAACGCUGGCUAUCAGUCAAGUAUCCUCAACUCGUCGAUCCAAGCACGCUCUCAGGAGAUGGUGACUUGAGCUUCACAGAUCGACACAUUCUACACGAACGGGUCACAGACCUCUUCAUCCAGGCCGCGCAGCUCUCUCCACAAGGCGAGCAAAUGGACCCAGACGUCCAAGUUGGCCUAGGAGUCCUCUUCUAUGGCGCAGAAGAAUAUAGCAAAGCCGUUGAUUGUUUCACCGCUGCCCUUGCAUCCACUGAAUCUGGAAUUUCCAACCAGAAGGACCAGGUGCAUCUUCUUUGGAACCGCCUCGGGGCUACGCUCGCCAACUCCGGCCGGUCCGAGGAAGCCAUCGAAGCCUAUGAGAAGGCCCUGACUAUAAACCCCAACUUCGUCCGUGCUAGGUACAAUCUAGGCGUCUCCUGUAUUAAUAUUGGCUGCUAUCCGGAAGCCGCGCAGCAUCUGCUUGGAGCAUUGUCGAUGCACAAAGUCGUGGAGGAUGAAGGGCGGGAACGUGCCAGGGACAUUGUGGGCGAUGGCGUUGACGAGGCGCAGCUGGAGCAUAUGAUUCACAUUUCACAGAAUCAGAGCACGAACUUGUAUGAUACGCUUCGACGUGUGUUUAGCCAGAUGGGUCGGCGGGAUUUGAGUGAUUUGGUAGUUAGCGGGAUGGAUGUGUCCGUAUUCAGAUCGGAAUUUGAGUUUUAGAUAUUGAGUAAACUAGAAAGGGAGGGAAGGAUGAGUUAGUUGAUUGUCUUACGUUUGAAAUGAGGUAUGAUAUUUUGGAGAAUAUGAGAGAGGUAUAUUUUGCGCCUCGCAUGCAAUGUCAAGACCCUCCACAUGAGCGUAUUUUUCCAGCGCUCUUUGGAUAUCCCAUUGCCCGCUGGGCUAUAAGGUGUUCUACCUUUACUCAUGCAAUGCAUCCAUAGUUGAUCCAUUCUUAUACCAGAAAUGUGCUAUUUACGAAUAAUAAUAAUCCAUAUAGAUCCACGAGCUAUAACCGAUCUUUAUCCCUGCUUGGCUUAUCGAGUUUGUUAGCCGUGUUUCGGGCUGAGAUAUGCGCAAACAAUUUUGAUCAAACAUAAAAAAUAAAAGGCAAAAAUAUACAUAGUUGUUCCG